AUGUCAAGCAAAAGGGCUAAAGGCUAUUUGGUAGAAGGUUCAACUGAUGAAGGGAAUAUUGAAACUUUGACAGAAAACAUUGAACAAAGUGUAAGGAGAAUCCAAUGCUGCCCUGUUCUUUCUGAUGAUUGGCUUGUGGUUGCUACUGAAAUAGAGAGAUUAAGCCAUUUGUCAGCACUGGAAGAAAACACUAAUAGCAACCAAGCUCAAAAUGAAGAGGGCAUGAAGAUGCUUGGGAAAAGCGGAAAUGAGACACUUUGGGAUACGAAAAAUCAUAUAGAAACACUUAAAGCUCUAGUUGAGCAGGCAAAAUGCAAUGUUUUGAUAAGGCUUAUUAAGGAAUAUAAAGAGUGGACUCGAUUGCCUUCAGCCCCACAAGAAGUCCAAAAUUGUGUUGCAAGACAUCAUAGAGAAUAUGAUGAAAUUAUAUCAAAGUUAAACCAAUUUGAAUUCGACCUCGGGCUUCUUCUAAAACGACUUUUCGAACACGCUGAAACUUUACAGAUCUCUGACAUCCCUCUUCUAUUAGAACAUAUCAACUUUAUUUUAAGAGGAAUUAUAGAUAGAGCAGCCUCUUUAGAACACUUAGAUUUACGACAAGAAAGCUUGGUCUUUUUUUAUCUGUAUUCAAUAUUCAAAGCAAUUGAGCAACUCAACGAAGAGCAAAUCGUCCACUGGAGCAAAGAGCAUGAGCUGCCUAGACUUCUAGUCAUCAUUUUGGUGGAUUUUCACAGCAUCUAUUCUGAAGGCUGUAAAACAAAACUGUUAGAAGCCUUAGGAGCUAUGUCAGACGUAGAUUCAUUUUUUAGUAAUGAUUAUGAUUUCGCUGAUGCUCAUUAUAAGCAAGAACUGAUUAACCUAAAAAAAGGAAUGAUAAGAGAUCUCAUUGUGGAGCACCCAGAAAAGAGACCAGGAAUUCGGCCAUUCUUAGACUUGAUUGACAAAUAUGAAAGAGAUAUAAGGUUUCCAAAGAGAAAAUAA